AUGAUUGUGAUCGCCAAACUCCUCAUCUAUGCAUCAUUGUUAAUAAACCUAUCAUUGGCGUCCCGGACACUGGUCCCUGCGGCCAUCCGCGGUCUUCAUCAUAGUACUAUUCGAAGAACACACAACUUGGCGUCCGACCUUCGUUUGGCUUUUCGUGGUAUUCUCUUGCCGCGCACAGAGACCAAUGAACAUAUCGUGUAUUGCAAAUCCGGGAAGCAGGCCCCUUUCAAUGGCGGCGGAGACGACUCUGGUGGAGCGGAUGGAAAUACCAGCAGUGCUGUUGGGACGAGUGGUCGCCAGACAACGGUUAUUGGCUCUGGGAGUAGUACAUCCCGAAGACCAUUGUCGAGCGCGAGCAGUUCCAGUCCUUCGGCCACUGCCACUUUGCCACCUUCAUUGUGGAAACUGACCAACUCCUAUCAAGGAAAUAAUUUCUUCGAUGGUUGGGACUUCUUUAUUGGCGACGAUCCAACGCACGGGACUGUGGACUAUGUUGACGAAAAUACCGCACGCUCAAAUGGACUUCUGGAAAUAAACGGCCAAGGAAACGCUGUGAUGCGAGUUGAAACCACCGGCACUGUAUCAGGCAAUCGAAAAAGCGUUCGUAUCACUACGAAAGCACAGUUUACUGGAGGAUUGGUUAUUAUGGAUUCCGUGCAUAUGCCUACAGGCUGUGGAAUUUGGCCUGCAUUUUGGACCAAUGGCCCAAAUUGGCCUGCUGGAGGAGAAAUCGACAUCGUAGAAGGGGUACACGACUAUACCAACAAUCAAGCCACCAUUCACACGAACAGCGGCUGUACUUUAGCCAGUACAAGCUCAAGCACCCUUGCUAUUACGGGAAGCGUAAUCGCUGGAACAGAUUGCGCUGCCCUGACAACUGGCAACCAAGGUUGUGGAAUACGUGCUAGUUCAAGCAACAGUUUUGGUCCUGGAUUCAAUUCUAACGGUGGCGGCAUCUAUGCCAUGAAAUGGGAUUCCAGCGGUAUAGCUGUGUGGUUUUUUGCACGCGGUACAGAGCCCGCCGAUAUUUCGUCAGAUGCUCCUCAACCAGAUAGCUGGGGCGCGGCUCUGGCAAGAUGGCCUGCUGCAUCCUGUGAUCCGUUCAAGUUCUUCAGCAAUCACAACGCAAUUUUUGAUACGACACUUUGCGGAGACUGGGCAGGAGCUGUGUGGAACACUGCUGGAAUUCCUGGACAAGAGCAAAGUUGCGCCCAGCGAACGGGUGUCUCCACUUGUGAGGCAUUCGUGCGUGCAAAUGGAGGAGCAAUGGCCAACGCUUAUUGGGAAGUGAAAAGUGUUAAACUUUAUCAAAUGCAGACAUAA